AUGGCGAGGUUCAAGGAUAAAAGAGCCCCUGGGAGCAAGAGUCAAUUCCACAGGAAUCUCAGCCCGGAGGUUCAGCCUCCCAGCCCUGAAGGACCUGGCUCUGCCACACGACCAAGAAUUAACCGAAUUCUGAGUGACGAAGACGAGGCUGAAGUUGCGCAGUGGUUGAAUCGUUGGCUGGAUCAUGGCUUUCCCCUAGAAAACCAGAAGCAGGUGAGUGCGUUUGUGCGAUAUUUCAUGCACAUCACCAAUCAUCCAAACAAGGAUGUUGGUGUAGGUGAUGAAUUCUAUGAAAGCCUGUUUAAACGGAAUGGCACCGUCAAGGACCGAGUUUAUGCUGCGCGCCAGGCAUGCAAAAGUGCGAAACUCAAAAAUGAAGACAAGAAAGCUAAGGAAGAAAGGCUUUCAAGAUUCCCUGCUUUUCUCAGACACCGGCAGCAGGUAUUAGAAGUCCAGUUCAAGCACAUUUAUGUGUUUGGGGACACUGGAUUUGUGACAGCAAUAUCCUCGGAGCAUCAAGGAUUAUGCAUUGAGGCCUCGACUCGCGACGAUGGAGAUCAUCGGAGAAUAACCUCUGCCGUUAUUUGUGCAAGUUAUGACAAUCGAUUCUUAUCGCCUUACUUGAUUUCAAAGACGGGCACUGUCAAUCGAAACAGAAUGGUGUACAAAACUGUGUCCACCUCGUUUGCAGUCAAGCCAUGGGCCAACACAGAAUUUUUCCUGGACUGGAUUGACUUCGUCUUUGAAGAAGAGACCAAACCGCCCAGGUUCAGAGGUCAUGACGCACCAGCGCGACUUCUACUCGUUGAUGGGGUCCGGUACGGGAUCACUCCGGAAAUCUUCAUGAGCUGUUGGAAGAAAGACAUCUACCUGUUAUGUAUUCCGCACAAAGGCUCCACAUUCUUCAAUCCGCUGGAGUGUGGAGUAUUUUCGAAGAUGCACAAGGUCUAUGCGGACGAUGUGGUCACCAGAUAUCGAGAAGAGAAAAAGGCUUUCGUGCAGACCCCGGAAGACAUGACAAGCUUCAUUCUGCGAUUGCUGGAUCGAGAUCUGUUGAAAGGCCGACUAGGAAAGGCAUGGGUCAAGAGCCAUCUCUAUUCUGAGGAUGAGGUAGCUCUCCGCAAAUAUGUCAAGGGGAUUCCUGCAACGCCUGCACCUGUGAGUCCAGCAAAGACAAGAACAAGAUCGGUAGCUCAGCACCAAGUUGUUCAAGAUCAGCCAAUGUCUCCGCCACGGUCUUCCCGGCAGGCCGAGGAGACUCGGCACACUCGUGGGUCAACAACCGAUUCUGGAAGUACAUCAGAUGAGACACCUGAAAGACAGCGGCCGUCGAAGUCCAGUAACCGGCCUUCAUCUAUGAAUGGCCCAAGGAGGGAACCUAGGAAUGCCCCAUCAAGUCAAUCUCUAGCAUCACCAUCACGGGCCCAUGGUUACACGCGAAAUUCAGAGAUACCCGAGCAGCAGAGCGUUGAAACCUCCGAUGAGGACAUGUCUGAGGAAGAUGAUUCUGACUAUGAAGAUUUUGGUAACACGGCUUCAGAGAAUGAGUUCCCUCAUGAUGAGGAUUCUGUCCAAGCAGCGUCGCCACGCAACAACGUUACUUCUACCUCUCGAGAAUCUCCACUGUCUCAUCAACGGCCGUCCCCGGUCACAUCAUGCUACAUGUCUGGUGAAGUGGCUCAAAAUGACGCCCGACCAGUUGCUCUUUCUGUUGAGAUCAAUUCUCGUGCUUCUUUACAGCCAAAUGUGGAUGCCUAUAGGCCUAGAGACAACCAAUCCGCCGAUACAGACAGGCUGACCGAUAAUACCGACAAUACUUGGACUGGGGAAGGUCUUCAGAAAGCUUAUAAGAUGCAAAUCCGGGCGCUUUCAGAUCCCAAAACGCCGCAAUCUCAGAGGAGAGCAUAUGAGCAGAAGCUUCUAGCCUUGGCCCCCAUUCUCACCGGCUUUGCCCCGGGAACCAUCACUGCUCUACAAGCACUCACAAAGACAUGCUCAACUAAAAGUCAGAGCCAUUCAGCUUCACCUCGGCCUCUGACACCACAAACGAACAAAAAAGCCAGGGUCAGAAAGCGGAAGUCUGACAACCAAAGCGGGCAUCUUCGAACAGACCGAGGACCUCGCCAAAUGAACAGCCGCAAUCAGUUUUGA